UUGGAGGCAAAUUUUGAUAUGCUCAAUGUCAUGGACAGGGAUGAGGUCUCACCGGUGUCUGCUGGCACCAUGAAAAAGAAGGCGGUGGGCGGCAGCGGACGCGGCCACAUCAGCCCCCCCAAGGCUGUCGCAUCCAAACUCAGGAGAAGCGACAGCCGACAGAACCGCUCGGACUCCGGUUCCUCCGGCGCGACCCGCGACGUCGCGAUGGACGAGACGGAGGAGGGCGAGGAAGAGUCCAAGUUCCAGCAUCCGCGGUUGCGCCGAGCCGGGGGGAGCGGCGGCGGCGGUGGAGGCGGAGGAGGAGGAGGAGGCGGAGGCAGUAUCAGGAUGAAGAACUUUACGCCAGGAGGGGGAGCCGCGUCCUCGGCUUCCAGGAGAAACUCCAACAAGGAGCCCUGCCUUACGCACACAGAGGACGUCCCUGCCGCCUCACGGCCCACUGCUGCCUCCAGAGCCACCGAAACACCCCGUCCGGGCGAUGCUGCCCGACGUGGCGACAAAAGCAGAGCAUCCGGGCCGGAGGCGUCGUGUUCCGCGGUCGCGGUCGAGGCGCUGAGCGCGCCGGCGGGUGAUGCUGGUUGCAACGGCGCCGUUCCCAUUUCCAGCAUGAAAUGCAACAAGAACGGAGAAUGCAGGAGAGGCUCGGGCACCGGGAGCCUGCGCUCGAUCAUCUCCAAACAGGAGAGGCAGACAGCGGGGAAAGCCGAGGACGGAGGGGGUGCCAAACGCGGAGCCUGUAACUCGACCAGCGCCAGUAUGGACGGCUCCAUCACGCCAGGUGGGUCCCUGACCGGGGGGCAAGGAGGAGAGAGCGCCAACCCGGGCGCCACCCCUGUGUCCAGCGGCGUGCCCGAGAAAAAGGACUCCAAGGUGUCCUUCUCCAACGCGCCGAGCCGGAAAGCCUCGUCCUCCCUGCACGGCCCGACCCAGACCCAGACCCAGCAGCCGAGGAACUCUGUCACUUUCCAGAAGCCGGAAGAUGGACCGCCGAUUGUGCCCGCCGAGGAUGCGGAACCUCGGGGCAGCCAAGCCAGCUUCAUGCAGCGGCAGUUCAGUAGUAUGCUGCAGCCGGGAGUUAACAAAUUCUCCUUACGCAUGUAUGGCAGUCAAAAGGCAGUAGAGAGGGAGCAGGAGAGGGUCAAAUCAGCUGGAAAUUGGAUUAUCCACCCUUAUAGCGAUUUCAGGUUCUACUGGGAUUUUACAAUGCUGCUGUUUAUGGUGGGCAACCUGAUCAUCAUCCCCGUAGGCAUCACAUUCUUCAAAGAUGAGACAACUACUCCCUGGAUCAUCUUCAACGUGGUGUCUGACACCUUCUUCCUCAUGGACCUGGUGCUCAACUUUCGCACUGGAAUCAUCAUUGAGGAUAACUCAGACAUCAUUUUGGACCCUAAAACAAUAAAGAGAAAGUACUUGAAAACUUGGUUCAUUGUAGACUUUAUCUCCUCCAUCCCAGUGGAUUACAUAUUCCUUAUAGUGGAGAAAGGAAUCGACUCGGAGGUGUACAAGACUGCUCGGGCCCUGAGGAUCGUUCGCUUUACUAAGAUUCUGAGUCUUCUGCGGCUUUUGAGGCUCUCCAGAUUAAUACGUUACAUUCACCAGUGGGAAGAGAUCUUCCAUAUGACCUAUGACCUGGCCAGUGCGGUGAUGCGGAUCAUUAACCUGAUUGCUAUGAUGCUGCUGCUGUGUCACUGGGAUGGCUGCCUACAGUUCCUGGUUCCCAUGCUGCAGGAAUUCCCGUCAGACUGCUGGGUGUCUCUUAACAAGAUGGAGAAUGACACCUGGUCAGAGCUGUACUCCUUUGCAGUUUUUAAGGCAAUGAGUCACAUGCUGUGCAUCGGUUAUGGCAGACAGGCGCCGGAGAGUCUCUCGGAUAUCUGGCUGACUAUGCUGAGUAUGAUUGUAGGAGCUACCUGCUAUGCCGUCUUUAUUGGCCACGCGACAGCUUUGAUCCAGUCCCUGGACUCCUCCAGACGGCAGUAUCAAGAAAAGGUGAGGGAACAACCCCGCCCCCUGUUGUCAACACUUUCUGUUUGCUGUUCACUUAUUAAAACACUUCUAAUCCACUGUCCCCUCUGA